GAAGCUGAAUUGCAAAAAGCUGAAAGGACUAUUUUUAUCGGAAAUUUAUCUUCAUCAGUUGUCACCAACAAGAGUGAUUACAAACUUUUAAAAGAGAAAUUUCUGAAAUAUGGUGCAAUUGAAUCGAUUAGAUUUAGAUCAAUUUCUUUUCAAGAUACUUUACCAAGAAAGCUAGCCAUUAAGGCGCAAAAUUUUCAUAAUUCGAGAGAUACUCUAAAUUGUUAUUUAGUAUUUAAAGAAUACGACCAGAAGAAAAUCAAUGAUUCAUUAUCUGAAAAUAAUUCAUUUUUUUUAAAUAAUCAUUUAAGGGUGGAUUCAAUCUCUCAUCCAAUUAAAAAAGAUAAUAAUAGAUCAAUAUUUAUUGGAAAUAUUAAUUUUGAAGAAAAAGAAGAGAAUUUGAGAAACUAUUUUGUUAAUAAAUUGAAAAUCAAACAAACUGAUGUUGAAUAUGUUAGAAUAGUGAGAGAUCCAAAAACCAAUGUAGGAAAAGGUUUUGCAUAUCUUCAAUUCAAUGAUUUUAUUCAUGUUUCCAAGGCUUUGUUGCUCAAUGAUAAGGAAAUUGAAUAUUAUGAUGGUGGCGAAAGUAGCAAAAAAAUUACAAAGGGAAGAACACUUAGGAUUAGUCGUUGUAGAACAACUAAACCUUCAAAUUCAAUUGCUGGAAUUAAUAGUUUAUUAGUUCAAAACAAUAUUAAAAUUGAUAAAAAUAAAUUUGGAAGAGCCAAUAAAAUGCUCAGCAAGAGUGAAAAGGCUAAGAUCAAUAAAGAUAUUAUAAUAGAAGGUUCUAGAGCUCAAAAAGGUAAAGAUAUAUAUGUUAAAAAUGGUAAGAUUAAAAAAAGUAGUAAAGUUAAAAAGCCAAGAAUAAGUGAGAGAUCAAAGAAAUUUCGAUUAAUGAAAAGAGAAGAAGAGAAAAAA